AAUGUCCUUAACCGCGACGUCGACGCCUUUGCGUCGGAAAGUUCUUAGACAAGCUCUCGUUCUUGGUCGAAGAAACCUCUUACACCAAGGACCCCAAAAUGUUAUUGAAAGUGAUGUUGUGAUUGUCGGAGGAGGACCUGCCGGACUUGCCCUUGCGAGCGCUUUAGGAUCUUCUCCUACUGUUCGCAGAAAUACUAGCAUAACUCUUAUUGAAGGAGGCGACCUCAGCAAAAUCAAAAACUGGAACCCAGCUCCUGGCACAUAUUCCAAUCGGGUCGUUUCGCUCACAAACGCGUCGCGAACGUUUCUGGAAGAUACCGGUGCUUGGAAAUUUAUCGAUGAGGCGCGCACAUGUCCUGUUGAGGAGUUGCAGGUUUGGGAUGGCAUUUCCGAUGCACGCAUAGAAUUCUUUGCAGAAGAUAUCUCCCCAGCACUUUCCUCGCAUGGCAUGUCGCGACUGACGGAGAACUUCAACCUUCAACGUGGGCUUCUACGGCAUUUAGACACCAUGCCAGAGGUUCAAGUACUUCAGCGAACAAAAGUGACAGCGAUCGAGCGAGAUACGGAAGAGCGUGGAGGCUGGCCCUUAGUCCGCCUUGCUAAUGACAAAGUCGUUCGGGCGAGAGUGCUGGUCGGAGCUGAUGGUUUCAAUUCCCCAGUUCGAUCCUUUGCCAAUAUUCCCUCUUUCGGCUGGAGUUACAACACGCAGGCCAUUGUCGCAACAAUGGUUCACAACCCUCGCGGUGCUUUCGAAGGACCAAAUACGACAGCAUAUCAACGCUUUUUACCAACCGGUCCCGUAGCCUUCUUACCACUCUCCUCCACAAUCUCUUCCUUAGUCUGGUCAACAAAACCCGCACUCGCUGCGGCUCUCUUAGCUUCUGACCCAGCCGUCCUCGUUGCCAUGAUAAAUGCCGCAUUCCGUUUACCUGACCUGUCCAUGAAAUAUCUUCAUAAUCUAAUCCUCGAUGCCCAUGCCAGAGGAUCUUCUAUCUCACCAUCCACUCUUCACGAGGAAAUUCGGUGGCGCGAACAAGCUCACGCCAUUGAUCAGAAUUCGACCUAUACCUCUACAGUGGACGAGGCGAACGUCCAGCUUGGAAUACCGCCAGCCGAUUCGGAGAGCAUCCCACCGCUGGUAACAGAGCUACAGCCCGGAUCAGCAGCGUCAUUUCCUUUACGUUAUAAUCACGCGGAGUCCUACCUCGGCGAGGGUCAUGGCGCCCGAACCGUGCUUGUAGGUGACGCGGCACAUACAGUGCAUCCAUUGGCCGGACAAGGGUUGAAUCUCGGUCUAGGCGACGUACAAUGCCUUUCCCGAUGCAUAGAGAACAGCUUGUUGGCUGGUGGCGACAUUGGCUCUUAUACCGCCCUUCUACCUUAUGCUCAAGAGCGGUACUUGGCUAACCAUACCCUGAUGUCAGCAAUGGAUAAAUUGCACAAGUUGUACACGAUAGACAACCAGGCGCUCGUUUGGGCCAGAUCAGUCGGUGUGGAAGUCCUCAACGAAUUGGAUUCGGUCAAGGCUGCUAUCAUGAUGUCGGCUGGUGCUCAGUCAAGGAUCUCCAAGGGAGGUUCACCUGGGUGGAAUUUCGCGGGCAAUACUGUCCAAACUCUAGCAGGCGUUGUCCAGACGGCUGGCUCUGUCACGGGAGUACUGGCUAAUGCUGUCGGUUCUGCCUUGCAGAACUUCACUCAGAGUAGGAAUAGGAAUCAAGUGUA